AUGCAAGCACAGCAGCUGAUAGUCGUCCUGGACGGAGCUGUAGACGUUACACAUCCGGCCCUGGAUCUGCGUCGUGAUUCUCCGCGACCGCAAGUCAAUGCGAGGAAGGACCAUGCUAUCGAGGGUGUUGAGACGCGGGCACGGCGCGCACGAGCCGGAGCGGUCUUUGGGGCCGUGGAAUACGCAAGCGGCUUGUACGACCGUGACCUGCAAAGUUACAUGGGCGCUCAUCUUUCCUGUACAGGAACAGCUGUUGGCUCCACUGAGGUUCUCGUCAUUGACUUUGAGGCGCUGUGGCAAGCAGAAAGCCAGGAGCCGAAGCUGUCCCUCGUGCUGAGGACAUGGCUUUCUCGCCUGGCAUCAGCAGCCUUAAUGGCUUCGCACCAGGAUCCUCUCAGCCACCUGCACUGCAGAGAAAUGAGGAUACGGCAAGAUGCCCUCCGCUUUGCAGUUGUCUAG